AUGCGCAGGCUCAGUCCUCCACGACAAGAAGGAAGCCCAGUAUCGCAAGAAAUGCUCAAGCACAUCUUCCGGGCUACCGACCUCUCCAGCGCCCAGCACCGCGUCAUUUGUGGGGCUGCGGUGCUGGGCUUCUUCUUUUGUCUCCGAGGUGCAGAGUACCUGAGCGUCAGCUCCAAACGUCAUCGAUAUUGCUUUCAAGUAUCGGAUGUAUUGGUGAAAGACGCAAACGGCAACAGCACAUCUCAAUAUGCAAGCGCAAGUGCUGUAUCAAUAACGUUGCGCGGUAGCAAGACCGAUCAAAACGGACGCACGACCACAAGAACCAUCGGAAAGAGCGGACAUCCACCAGUAUGUUCAGUGUUUGCGGCCCUACUACUACUCCGAAAUGCGAUCGCAAUCAACAUGUCUGGCGAUGAACCCAUCUACUCAAGCAGCCCAGGGCGAGUGCUGUCAGCAGAAUCCAUGUCUAAAGUCCUGCGAUCGGCAGCGAAGGCGUGCGACGUGAAUCCCAGCAAUAUCUCAACACACACUCUACGA